CAAAACAAAAAAAUAAAAAAAAAGGAUUCGCUGUAGAAAAAAUAAGCAAAUAAGCGUGACGGCAGAGAUAUGCGCCUGUCCAGACAUAUUUCGCAGCUUUGGCAGAACCGUGUGCCCACCGACAGACACCUCAACACAUAUUUCUUCUUUGCGGUGGCGCGUCUGGCUCUGGUUUUCGUGCCGCAGCCUGGAUAUGUGCAUCCCGAUGAGUUCUUCCAGAGCGUGGAAGUGAUGACGGGUGAUCACUUUCGGCUGGAGCACACACGCACCUGGGAGUUCAACAACUCGAUGCCGCUGCGGAGCAUCACCCUGCCGUUUGCGCUGCUGCGCGUCCCCUGGAGCUUCUACGAGUUCUUUGCCAUGUACGUGCAGGAACUGUGGAACGUGGAGAUAAUCACCACCUACGCGUAUGUGGUGUUUCCGCGGCUAAUCUACACCCUGAUCUCGUACAGCAAUGACUGGUGUCUGUAUCGCGUUUGCCGGCUGUACGGACUGCGCUUUGAGAUACGUCUGCUGGCGCUGGGCAGCUCCUGGGUGCUGCUGGUCUUUGGCACGCGCACCUUCUCCAACAGCCUCGAGAUGGCCAUGUGCUCGUGGCUGCUCUGCCUGGUGGCCGAGUGCAUGCUGCGGACCAACACGGUCAUAUACAAAAAGGAGUUCCUCGAGGAGAAGUACGACAAGGCGGAGUCCAUCAGCGAGCGCGUGAAGAUCUGGAAGCUGAAGAACGCCCUGCCGCCGCACAACUUCCAGUACAUGUUCUCCGUGGCCAGCAUCUGUGUGGCUGGCGUGUUCAAUCGUCCAACCUUCCUGCUCUUUGGCGCCCCGAUGGUCUUCUACUGGCUGCUGCGCGGCAUGGGCACACGCAGCGUUACGUUCCGAGACUUUAACCUACGCAUCGGACUCUUCUGCCUGUGCGCCCUGCCAGCGCUGUUCGUGUUCAUCUUCUGCGACUCGCUGUACUAUCAACAUCUGACCGUGGGAGAGCUGCACAUGAUGCAGCUGGGCAUUGAUAACUUUGUCUUUACGCCCUGGAACUUUGUCAAGUACAACCUGAACUCCGCGCAGACAGCCAGCCAUGGCGUGCAUCCGUGCUAUGUCCAUCUGAUGGUCAACAUGCCGCUGCUCUUCAAUGUGCUGGCCCUCGCGGGCUUGGGUGCAUUCGCACAGAUCCUCCUGCGCUUCUUUCGUGCUGAGUACCAAGUGCUGCCGCGCUUCCAGAGCAUCGUGUCGCUCAUGUCGGGUGCCAUAUUUGUGCCGCUCUUCUUCCUGUCGCUCAUCAACCAUCAGGAGCCGCGCUUUCUCAUACCCAUAACCUUCCCAUUGCUGCUGCUGCAUGCCCCCAAGCUGGUCACUGGCUUCAGUGCCAAGUAUCCCUUCCAGAAGGAGCAUCAUCUGCUGCGAGCGUUCUACGAUCGGCUGCUCUGCAGCAAAGCCUCGGCCCCGCAUCUGCUGAGAAUCUGGUAUGUGAGCAACGUCGUGCUGACGCUCUUCUUUGGCUUCAUCCAUCAGGCGGGCAUCUAUCCGCUGGCCGAGAACAUGGCCCAUGUGAUGGCCACCAAGCCAGCGGCCACGCACGUUCACCUGAUGACCUCGCACGUCUACAGUCUGCCCCUGCAUCUGGUGAACAUUCCCAGCUCCCGCGUGCUCCAGUUCAAUCCGCGCACCCACAGCCGCUAUCGACGCCAGCGGGACUUCUUCCUGUACGAGUACGGCAGCCAGCCCUUAGACAAUCUAUUGCACAAGGUGAAGCUGAUUAGCGGCAAUUGUGAGGUCAAGCUAUCGGGACCGAGUCGACUGCGCUACAAGCUCUAUCUGUCCAUUCCUGCCAGCUUAAGCAGCGAUCUCCACGAGGCCUUGGUGCGCUCCAAUGCCAGCAGCUAUCUGAACUUUGAGCUGCUGCACGUCUUCUAUCCACAUCUCUCCACGGAGGCAUUUCCCCGCAUCCAGGGUCGCCAUCCCUGCGAUGUGGAUGCCCCACACUGGUCGCACGACGAUCUGCGCGGCACCUGUGCCGUGGAGCAGCCGCCAGCACUCAGCUACUUCUACCUGACGCGCCAGUUUAGCUCCUUUGUGCAUCAGUUUGGACUGGCGCUCUACGAGAUUGAAGUGCGACGCAAGCGGCCAAGGGAGAUUGUGCUAACGACAGCUCCAGCUCGACCGCUGCCAGAAGCUGGCGCGUAGGAUUGCACUUUGAUUGCUGUGCGGAGUCCAAGAAGUGCCUUAAUAAUGGAGAGUUGUUGUUGGCUUGGAAAAACACUUUAAUUCAUUAAUUAAUAAUUAAGAUCGAGAGAGAGAGAGACAAAUGUACAAAAAGGCGUAUAGCAAUGGCUUCAAAAGAGUGAAGAAAGUGAACCGAGAGAGAGAGAGAGAGUUCCAUUCUAGUCCAUUAAUGCAUAAUAAUCUCUGUUAAUAUUAUGACGCUAAGCACAAAUACCAAAGAAUUAAUCCAUAACUAAAUGAUAAGAGUGAUGCAGAGACGAUGGUCAAUCGAUUCAUGACAAUAAUCAGCGAGGAGGUGGCAUACCCGACGCCAGUUGUCAAGCGAAAGAGCAGGGAAAGAGUAAUCCAUUUGACAUGGACAGCCAGCGGACAUCGAUUGCUAAUACCCGGCAAACAUCGAACGCUGCGGAUUCUGGUCACAAAAGGUGCGGCGGCGGCCGCGUUCAUUGAACGUUACCAUGCAGAAAACUCAAUGCGGACGCAAUUGUGUUCUAAUUUAGAUUUCGGUUGUUAUUGCCAAGGCCUAAGCCGUAAACCCGUUUGGGCAAUGGGGUCCGUCCUCCCCCCAAUCACAGAUUGGCCUAUAAAACGAUCGAGCUAAUUGGCAAACAGCAUCAGUCGCUGACAAACCAACCAAACCCAAACAGUUCAAC